CUUCAUACAACAAGUCGGCCACUGUAAGUCCUCCCAUCUAACUUGAACUGUAAUCGGCAUUGCUUUUACUUUACUACCUACGCGGGCUUUUUUCGGUGGCCAAUCAGGAAGACGAAUAUUCAAGAGUAUUCUAAAGACGCUACCAUGCUGGACUGGCUCCGCAAACUCUUCGGCACCAACAACACUGCCGUCGACUCGAGAUACCAACAGCGUCGAAGUCGGAAGCGAAGCAAACAGAUGCGUGCUCGUGAACAAGAACUACGCAGACAGAACCAGAGGCAGGAAUUGAAGGGGGGAAAGCGAAGAACACUGUUCUUUUGGGGGUCACCAGGUGUUACUACCCCUGUGUAUCAGACAAGGGCGUUUCAGUAAUUGGAGAUGUUUACUCUAGUAUAUGUAAGACAUUAAGUUAGCAUUUUGA